AUGAGCCGGCCACUAGUGGCACUGCUGGAUGGCCGCGACUGCUCGAUUGAAAUGCCGAUUCUGAAAGAUGUGGCGACGGUUGCUUUUUGCGAUGCUCAAAGCACCUCCGAAAUCCACGAAAAAGUCCUGUCGGAAGCAGUCGGUGCGUUAGUUUGGCACAAUAUCUCACUGCGCCGCGACGACUUGGAGAAGUUUAAAGCGUUGAAGAUUAUCGUCAGAAUCGGCACUGGGCUGGACAAUAUUGACAUUCCUACGGCUACAGAUAUGGGGAUUUCUGUCAUUUCUGUCGGCGGGGCGUGUACGGAAGAAGUGGCGGACACGACGAUGUGCCACAUUUUGAAUUUGUACAGAAAAGUUACUUAUUUACAUCAGUCCAUUACGCAGAAAGGAAAAAAGCCUCAAAAUGCGGAACAAGUGCGAGAACUGGCUGAUGGUUGUAUGCGCAUUCGAGGAGAGAAACUCGGAAUCAUCGGCCUUGGCGCUAUUGGAACUGCAGUGGCGAUAAGAGCAAAAGUAUUCGGCUUCAAAAUUAUCUACUACGAUCCACACAUUCAAGACGGCAAGGGCCAAGCGCUCGGACUUCAGCGAGCACGAUCACUGCAGGAUUUACUGUACGAAGCCGACUGUAUUUCGCUCCACGCAAGCUUGAAUGAAAGCAGCAGGAAUAUGUUCGACGUUUUUGCUUUCCAGAAGAUGAGAAAGGGAGCGUUUUUCGUCAACACCGCCAGAGGAGAACUGGUCGACGAAGCCGCUCUCGCUGCAGCGUUGAAGAGUGGCCAAGUCAAAGCAGCAGCGAUUGAUGUCCUGAGCUCCGAACUUUUCGAUUUUCAAAAAUCGCCGCUUCGAGAUUCCCCAAAUCUAUUCGUUACUCCCCACAGCGCUUGGUACAGCGAUCAAAGUCUAAAAGAAGUCCGCGAAAACGCGGCGACAGAGAUGCGCCUCGCCUUGCAUGGAUUAGACAACCCAACAGCUGAGAAAAGUGUAAAUUGUGUGAAUAAGAAAGAGUUGCUGAACCAAUCCCUCGGAUCCGCCGCCUCCCGCCUCCUCCCGUCCCAAUUAUCGGCCCUUUCGAAUUGGGAAAAUCUCCCGCCUGGUUUAGCGCAGCGCUUCGGGCAGCAAGCGAUGAACUCUGUAGACUCAAUGGACGUAAAGCCGGACUCAAACAGCUGA